GUCAUCUCUGGCUUUCCCGAGGGAAUUGAUCUCUCAGUCAUGCUGCAUAUGUGUGGGGACGUUGCUCGUGGCAUGGAGUACCUGGCUUCCAACAAGUUUGUACACAGAGACCUUGCUGCAAGGAACUGCAUGUAAGAUUGACUAACGGAAUGUCUACAUUAUGGAGGCCUCGACUGCUCCCUAUUUAAGCGAGUGGGGCAGUACAUCAGUGCUAAAUUUAGAAUUGUUCAACAGGGGCUAGUGCAAGAUUAAAUUAUUAUACUGCAACAUUUCCUUUAAGGAUGUGCUACGACCACGCUUUGCAGGCUAACUGAAGAUCUGACUGUUAAAGUUGCUGAUUUCGGGCUCUCUCGAGACAUUUACAGCAAAAGCUACUACAGAACAAAGACCAAGAGACUCCUGCCUGUCAAGUGGAUGGCCCCAGAGAGCCUCAACACCAACAUUUUUACUGAGAAAUCUGACGUGUGGUCAUUUGGAGUGGUGUGUUGGGAGGUGUUCUCUCUUGGCUCCACCCCCUACCCUGGAGUAGGCAAUCACGAGGUCUCUGACUACAUUGGAGGCAGACACAGGCUCAAGAUACCCAAACUCUGCCCUCCAGAAAUCUUCCAAACGGUGGAAUUGUGCUGGUCAGCAAGCCCAGACGAGCGGCCGGAUUUUGCUCACUUGGUGCACGUGUUCGAGUCACUAGUGGCUGAGGGGUGCCCACAGACACACAGCAGCAAUCCUUACUACAUUAAUCUAGCUAAUAAUGGUCACUCUCACUGCAAUGGAGACAAACUACCACUGCAGUAAAAAUUACAUAUCUUAUUCUAUGUUCUAUGUUCAGUUUGUAUCCUGAAUUUUAUUCUAUUUUC